UUUGCUUUUGUAUAUGAAGCCCAAGAUCUUGGAAGUGGCAAAGAUUAUGCUUUAAAGCGAUUGUUGUCUAAUGAAGAAGAGAAGAACAAAGCCAUCAUUCAGGAAGUUUGUUUUAUGAAAAAACUUUCAGGUCAUCCCAACAUUGUCCAGUUCUGCUCUGCUGCAUCUAUAGGGAAAGAAGAAUCAGACACGGGACAGGGAGAGUUUCUUCUGCUUACGGAACUGUGUAAAGGACAGCUAGUGGAAUUCUUAAAGAAAGUAGAAUCCAAAGGACCUAUCUCCUGUGACACAGUUUUGAAGAUCUUUUAUCAGACCUGCAGAGCAGUGCAGCAUAUGCAUAAACAGAAGCCUCCUAUUAUCCAUAGAGAUUUAAAGGUGGAAAACUUGCUUAUUGGUAACCAAGGGACGAUUAAACUUUGUGACUUUGGUAGUGCUACAACUAUAGCUUACUAUCCUGACUAUAACUGGUCUGCACAAAAGAGAGCAGCGGUUGAAGAAGAGAUCACAAGGAAUACAACGCCAAUGUACAGGACACCAGAAAUGAUAGACUUGUAUUCCAAUUUUCCAAUUGGUGAAAAACAGGACAUUUGGGCUCUGGGCUGUAUCCUGUACUUGCUGUGCUUUAGGCAACAUCCUUUUGAAGAUGGAGCUAAACUUCGCAUAGUCAAUGGGAAAUAUGUCAUCCCACAAAAUGACACCCGCUAUUCUGUGUUUCAUGAUCUCAUUCGUUCCACUUUGAAGGUGAAUCCAGAGGAGAGAUUGACGAUCACUGAACUUGUGAAUCAACUGCAGGAGAUUGCAGCAGCUAGGAAUGUGAAUCCUAAAUCCCCCAUCACAGAGCUCCUGGAACAAAAUGGAGGCUAUGGAAACAAUGCUCAGCCUUGGACAUCAGUCACCUCCGUUUCACAGAGCUCUAAGCCUGCAGGACAGCUCAACAAUAUGUACAAUGCAGGCCUGACCGUUGCCGAAUGUGACCAGACUUAUGGAGGGUUCUUUGAUAUUCUGAGGGGUGGAACAGAGCGAUUUUUCACUAAUAUUAAGGAUACAUCUUCUAAAGUUAUCCAGUCUGUGGCCAAUUAUGCAAAAGGAAACUUGGAUAUAUCAUACAUCACCUCCAGAAUUGCUGUGAUGUCCUUUCCAGCUGAAGGUGUAGAAUCUGCCAUCAAAAAUAACAUAGAAGAUGUACGGUUAUGUCUGGACUCUAAACAUCCUGGCCACUACGCUGUGUACAAUCUCUCUCCAAGAACAUACAGGCCUUCAAGAUUCCAUAAUAGGGUUUCUGAAUGUGGCUGGCCAGCAAGACGAGCACCAAAUCUUCAGAAUCUUUAUACCAUAUGCAAGAACAUGCAUUUAUGGCUGAAACAAGACCAGAAAAAUGUUUGCAUUGUGCACUGCCUUGAUGGAAGAGCAGCAUCUGCUGUUGUAGUUUGUUCUUUUCUGUGUUUCUGUCGUCUCUUCACUACUGCUGAAGCUGCGGUUUAUAUGUUCAGUAUGAAACGCUGUCCUCCUGGUAUUUGGCCGUCUCAUAAAAGAUACAUUGAAUACAUGUGUGAUAUGAUGGCUGAAGAACCAAUUAUUCCUCACAGCAAGCCUAUCCUUGUGAGGUCAAUCAUCAUGACUCCAGUUCCCCUUUUCAGUAAGCAGCGUAAUGGCUGCAGGCCUUUUUGUGAAGUUUAUGUGGGAGAUGAGAGAGUAACCACUACCUCCCAGGAAUAUGACAAAAUGAAGGAGUUUAAAAUUGAAGAUGGGAAAGCAGUAAUUCCACUAGGUAUAACAGUCCAGGGAGACAUUCUUAUUGUGAUUUAUCAUGCCAGGUCAACACUAGGAGGUCGACUACAAGCCAAGAUGGCUUCAAUGAAGAUGUUUCAGAUUCAGUUCCACACAGGUUUUGUGCCCCGAAAUGCCACCACAGUGAAAUUUGCCAAGUAUGAUUUAGAUGCCUGUGACAUACAAGAAAAAUAUCCUGAUUUAUUUCAAGUCAAUCUAGAAGUAGAGGUGGAGCCCAGAGAUAGACCUAGCUGUGAACAGCCACCGUGGGAUAACAUGAAUAUAAAAGGACUGAAUCCCAAGAUCCUUUUCUCCACCCGAGAGGAACAACAAGAGAUUUUAUCAAAAUUUGAAGGACAAAGUCCGGAAAGUGGAAUAGAGGACAGUUCAUGUAAAAAUGAUCGUGUUCAACUAUCUGAUGACAGGGAGGAGAGUGAUCCUUCAGAUGAGGAAUUCCCUACAUUUCCAGCUGAAGAAAGUGCAGUAGUUGUUGAUGAAAAAGACUCUCUUACUCCAGAAGGAGAGUGGCUUUUUGGAGCCAAUUUUGAAGCUCCAUCUGCACUGUUACAAAAACCUCUACCUGAAGAGAAUGUAGACCUACUGGGACUAGACUCUGAUAUUUCACCAGAACAGAAACAACCUAUCUCAGAAAUAAACUCUUCAUCGAGUAAUGCAGACUUGUUGAACAAUCUCUUUGUGGGUAAUGCAUCACAGAUUUCAGAAGAGCCCACUGGAGAUCUUCUUGGACAAGGAACAGAUUUCUUUUUCAGCAGUCAGUGUCCAGCUGCUGCUCAGGGUAUGUCUUCAGCAGCAGCGAUGUCUUCAGCUGAUCCUUUUGACCCAUUCACAAUGUCAUCAAGUUCAGAGAAUCAAGCCCUGUCUGGUCCAGACCUCUUUGGGGACUUUCUUCAUCCAAGGUCAACAUCUACAACUAGUACAGUUCCUUCCACACACAGUUCACUUCCACCUUCUUCCAGCUCGGAUUUCUUAAAAUUAGGGAAUUUGACACCAGAGCCACCUAAAAUAUCAUCUUCUACAAGCCACCCAGAUCUCUUAGGUGGAUGGGAUUCUUGGGCAGAUUCCUCAGCAACCAGCAGUGUAGUGUCACCACAAUUGAAGCCUCUUUUUGAAGGUCAAGCCUCUAGCACAGUGAGCCAAUCCAGUGUGUCUUCAGGUCUUUCUUUCAGCCAGGCUAAAUCUCAGAACUUUGAUCCUUUUGCUGAUCUAGCCAAUCUUGGAUGUGGUCUUCCAGUUUCCUCUAGUGGUGGACUCUCAAGUAGUGGCUUUGGUCAGAAGACUGCUCCAUCUCAGAAGCUGGGAAAUCAGUGGCAGAAAUCCACAAAACCACAAAGUACUUCAUGGCAGGCCCAGACUAAAUCCAGCACAACAGCUAAACCAAAUUACACAGUAAACUUCAGUGUUAUUGGAGGACGAGAAGAAAGAGGAGUCAGAACCCCAAGCUUUGGUCAGAAGCCAAAAGUUUCUGAAAAUGACUUUGAGGAUCUCUUAUCUAAUCAAGGAUUUUCGGCUAAAUCUGAUAAAAAAGGACCAAAGACCAUUGCUGAGAUGAGGAAACAAGAAAUGUCUAAAGAUAUGGACCCCUUGAAACUCAAGAUUCUUGAAUGGAUUGAAGGAAAGGAGAGAAAUAUCAGAGCAUUAAUAUCCACUCUUCAUACAGUGCUUUGGGAAGGGGAAAAUAAGUGGAAACCAGUCAGCAUGGCAGAUCUAGUAACUCCUGAACAAGUAAAGAAGUACUACAGGAAAGCAGUGCUUGUAGUUCAUCCAGAUAAGGCCACAGGACAACCUUAUGAGCAGUAUGCCAAAAUGAUCUUCAUGGAAUUGAAUGAUGCAUGGUCAGAGUUUGAAAACCAGGGAUCGAAGUCACUUUUCUAAAACUUCACCUUUUACAGAGCUACUUCCAAAAACUGGAGCUGAGCAUUUUUGUGACUUUACUGCGUCUAUCAUUUUUGAAGUGCUUUUCCAUUAUUUCAGCACAGUUUCUAAUCAUGCACUUAAAUGUGGUGAUGUGUCUUGUAAGAUGUAGAGUACAAAGCAUUACACAGAUGCAUUAAGAAAACAGCUGCUCAGUACUUCGAGAAAUCACAGUUUGGGAGUAAAGAUUUCAUUUUGGUUUUAUAUAUGUUAAAACAGAAUUUUAAUGAAGCUCCAUGAUUUCUGGUGUACUAGUAUUAUAAAUCAUUCCAGCUUCAUUGAUCUUUGCUUUACCUCUACCUUCACCAAUUUGUCUCUUACUUUCAGUAGCUUUGUGAUUCAAUUUUGCUGUUCGGUGUCUGUCGCCUUAUUCAAAGUGCUUUAGUUAUCAGCAGUGAAUUUGCUUGGCUUAUCUCAAACCUGAAGGUGUAUCUUUUCAUCUGUAUUUUAUGUAAUCAAUCUGAUAAUCAUUCUGUAAAUAAUGUUUUCUGACAAUACCUGUGUUCUUACAAUAAAGUAACAGUUGUUUAGCCAAAAAGACCCCAAAUGUGGGAGUGUCAGCCAGGGUUGUUACUGAUUUUU